CUUGACAGGAAAGUAUUCCUCCGCUCCGCCAUCCUUCCGCACACUCUCGCCUUUCCUCGCGACGUUUUCUUUUCCUUUGAUAUCGGUUUCUCAAGGUUAUUUCACGUCAGAUUUUCUUCCAAGAUGUUCCAAUUCUCCGAAGAGACCAAGGAGCGCAUCUCCAAGGUCAUUGAUGUCUCGCGGGUCGCUAUCCACUACGGUUACCUUCCUCUGAUUGUCUACCUUGGCUACACCUACAGUGAACCGAGACCAACUCUCUUCAAGUUGUUUUCGCCGCUUGCUUAGAUCAGUUCCGGGAUCAUAGACGUUUAUGAAACCCGUGUAUGAAUAAAUGGCUUUCGAGACACCUCUUCUCUCUACUUUCUACGGAACAUUCGGAAUAUCAUGUUGUGACCAUGCGGAGACCGCUGGGGACUCGGUUGUCUUGAUGGUUUUAUAGUGCUGGUGUCUGGGAAUUAAAUUGGCACAUGUGUAUUUUUAUGCAAUAUUCUGGUUCGGACAUGUUUUGCACUGGUUAAUGAAGACAUUUUCAUGAUACUUCUGUUCAUUCUGGGC